UGCACAUAGUAUCAGGAAUUCCUAGCUUAUAUGUUUCUAAAUCCUUACUAUAAGUGCAUUCAGUCUUCUAUACGGUGCAAUGAGUUGAAGUCUCGGUAACCGGCUUCAGAAGAGUCACUGGAUCUCGCCAAUUGUUGGUAGAAACACUGCCCGUGUCAAGAGCAAUUGUGUAACAGAGCGCAUCAAAACGUAGUGGACACCUGUGAUAGAGUAGAUGAUAACGCUUUUUCCAGUGCUUGAGUAGGCGCCAGCUGAAGAAUACUCAGGAGACGACCCACCUUUCUUCCACCUUGUGUAUAAAAAGGUCUCCGUCAGCUGCCCAUGACUGUGACUGCAGGAUUUCAAAAGAACCCUUCUACGGGUUCUCUUCUUGGCAUGAAGUCGAAUCCCUUGUCUACUGUGAAAGUCGACUAUGCCGUCACCAACCGGGGAGAUCACUUCGAGACAGCGCUGCGCAUCAUCACACUACUGAUUCACCUUGGCUUCCUGGUAGGACUUUACAUACAAGUAUGGCAAGCGUCAAUGAGGUUGUUUCAAAAACCACCGGACCCGUGUGCCCCUAACCCAUGCAGACAUGACGGACUGUGUCUGGAGGGACAUAACGGGUACUACUGUGUCUGUAAGGAAGGAUGGACCGGCAAGAACUGCACAUUGAACAUAGACGAGUGUGUCUCCUACCCAUGUGAGAAUGAAGGCACGUGUCACGACAAGAUAGCAGGGUACGAGUGCGCAUGUGGGCCAGGAUGGGACGGCGUCCACUGUGAGAUAAACAUCGACGAAUGUUUUUCGAGCCCCUGCCAACACAACUCGACGUGUCAUGACGGCGUGAACGGUUACACGUGUGAGUGUGCUCCGGGCUGGGAGGGAGUGCAUUGUGAGAAUAACACAUUUGAAUGUGGUUCUGAUCCGUGUGAGAAUGGCGCCACCUGUCACGACGAGGUGAACUACUACACCUGCGAGUGCGCACCGGGAUGGGAGGGUACCCACUGUGAAAUUAACACGCACGAAUGCGGGUCCGGUCCGUGUGAAAAUGGCGCCACCUGUCAUGACCAUGUGAACUACUACACAUGCGAGUGUGCACCUGGAUGGGAGGGUGUCCAUUGUGAAAUCAACACUGCGGAAUGUUUGUCGCGCCCUUGUCAGAAUAACGCCACCUGUCACGACCAUGUCAACUACUACACUUGCGAGUGUGGACCGGGAUGGGAGGGAACACACUGUGAAAUCAACACAGACGAGUGUGCCUCUGGUCCUUGUGACAACAACGGCACCUGUCAUGACCAAGUGAACUACUACACCUGCGAAUGUGGACCUGGAUGGGAGGGCACCCACUGUGAAAUCAACACAGACGAGUGCGCGUCCGACCCAUGUCAAAACGGUGCUACCUGCCAUGACCACGUGAACCAUUACACGUGCGAAUGUGCUCCGGGAUGGCAAAAUACACACUGUGAAGAAAACACAGAUGAAUGCUCGUCCUCCCCAUGUCAGAACAAUGCAACAUGUCACGAUCAUGUCAACUCCUACACGUGCGAGUGUGCUCCGGGUUGGCAAAACACACACUGCGAGGAAAAUACUUUUGAAUGCGGCUCAAAUCCAUGUGAGAAUGGCGCAACCUGCCACGAUGAGGUGAACUACUACACCUGUGAAUGUGCACCUGGAUGGGAAGGUGUUCACUGUGAAAUCAACACAGACGAGUGUGCCUCCAUUCCAUGUCAGAACAACGCCACCUGCCAUGAUUUUGUGAACUACUACACCUGUGAAUGCGGCCCUGGAUGGGAGGGUGUUCACUGUGAAAUCAACACCGAUGAGUGUGCUUCCGGACCAUGUGAGAACAACGCCACCUGUCAUGACUGGGUGAACUACUACACUUACACUGACGAGUGUGCGUCCGGACCAUGUGAGAACAACGCCACCUGCCAUGACUGGGUGAACUACUACACGUGCGAAUGCGGCCCUGGGUGGCACGGGAUCCAUUGUGAAAUAAACACCGACGAAUGUGCCUCGGACCCCUGUCAGAACAACGCCACCUGCCAUGACCACGUGAAUUACUACACCUGCGAGUGUGGUCCUGGAUGGGAGGGUGUCCAUUGCGAGAUCAAUACUGAUGAGUGUGAGUCCGGUCCAUGUGAGAACGGCGCCACCUGCCACGACUGGGUGAACUACUACACCUGCGAGUGUGCACCCGGAUGGGAAAGUGUUCAUUGUGAAAUCAAUACCGAUGAAUGCGGCUCGAAUCCGUGUCAGAACAACGCCACUUGUAAUGAUUUCGUGAACUACUAUACCUGUAGUUGUGGACCAGGAUGGGAGGGUGUCCACUGCGAAAUAAACACAGACGAGUGUGCCUCUGAUCCAUGCCAGAACAACGCCACCUGUCACGACUGGGUGAACUACUACACGUGCGAGUGCGGGCCGGGCUGGGAAGGAAUCCACUGUGAGAUAGAUUCUGGGGAGUGUGGAUCGGCCCCUUGUCAGAAUGGAGCCACCUGUCAUGAUGACAUCAACUUCUACACCUGUGAAUGUGCACCUGGAUGGGAGGGUGUCCACUGCGAGACAAAUACUGAUGAGUGCGCGUCGAGUCCAUGUCAAAACAACGCCACCUGCCACGACCGCGUGAACUACUACGAAUGUGAAUGUGGACCCGGCUGGGAAAGCACCCACUGUGAAAUAAAUACUGACGAAUGCGCGUCAGGACCAUGUGAAAACAACGCCACCUGUCAUGACUGGGUGAACUACUACACCUGCGAGUGUGCACCUGGAUGGGAGAGUGUCCACUGCGAAAUCAACACAGAUGAAUGCGCGUCUAUCCCAUGUCAAAACAACGCUACGUGCAACGACUGGGUGAAUCAGUACAACUGUACAUGUCACCCCGGAUGGGAGGGUGUCCAUUGUGAGAUAAACACGGACGAAUGUGCGUCAGACCCCUGCCAGAAUAACGCCACCUGUCAUGACGAAGUGAAUCAGUACUGGUGUGAAUGUGGACCUGGAUGGAACGGAACCCAUUGUGAAAUCAAUGUCGAUGAGUGUGUGUCGGAGCCAUGUCAGAACAACGCCACCUGCCAUGACCACGUGAACUACUACACUUGCGAGUGUGUGGGAGGGUGGAAGGGCAUCAACUGCGAUGACAAUAACGAUGAGUGUGGGUCCAGCCCGUGCCAGAACAACGCCACCUGUCAUGAUCUUGUGGACGCCUACAGGUGCGAGUGCGGUCCGGGUUGGGCGGGCGUUCACUGUGAAAUAGAUGUCUUUGAGUGUGGUUCAAACCCGUGUCAGAACAACGCCACCUGUCAUGACUUCGUGAACUACUACACCUGUGAAUGCGGAUCGAGAUGGUUGGGUGUUCACUGUGAGAUCAAUACUGACGAGUGUGCAUCAGACCCAUGUCAAAACAACGCCACCUGUCAUGACCAUGUGAAUUACUACACCUGCGAGUGUGCACCCGGAUGGGAGGACGUCCAUUGUCAAAACAACACUGAUGAGUGUUUCUCUGACCCAUGUCGAAACAACGCCACCUGCCAUGACUGGGUGAACUACUACACUUGUGAAUGUGAUCCUGGAUGGAACGGCACCCACUGUGAAAUAAAUAUCGACGAGUGUGCGUCUGACCCCUGUCAAAUCUACGCCACCUGCCAUGAUCACGUGAACUACUACACCUGUGAAUGUGCACCCGGGUGGGAGGGUGCCCAAUGUGAAAUCAACACAGACGAGUGUGCUUCUAAUCCUUGUGAAAACAACGCCACCUGCCAUGACGAGGUGAACUACUACACCUGCGAAUGCGCACCUGGAUGGAACGGCACUCACUGUGAAAUAAAUAUCGACGAAUGUGCGUCUGACCCCUGUCUUUAUAACGCCACCUGCCAUGACUGGGUGAACUACUACACCUGCGAGUGCGCUCCUGGUUGGGACGGAAUUUACUGUGAAAUAAACAUAAACGAGUGCGAGUCCGGUCCAUGUCAGAACAACGCCACCUGUCAUGAUCACAUCAACUACUACACCUGCGAGUGUGUGGGAGGAUGGAGAGGAAUCAACUGUGAUGACAAUACCAACGAGUGUGACUCCAACCCCUGCCUGAACAACGCCACCUGCCAUGACGAGGUGGACCGGUACACGUGUGAAUGUAGCCCUGGAUGGGAAGGUGUUCACUGCGAAACAAAUACCGACGAAUGCAUGUCGAAUCCCUGUGAGAACAACGCCACCUGCCAUGACUGGGUGAACUACUACACCUGCGAAUGUGAUCAUGGAUGGGAGGGCGUUCAUUGUGACAUAAAUAAAGAUGAAUGCAUGUCGAAUCCCUGCCUGAACAACGCCACCUGCCACGACCAGAUAAACAGCUACACAUGUGAAUGUGAGCCCGGAUGGGAGGGUGUGCACUGUGAGAUCAAUACGGACGAAUGUAGCUCGGACCCAUGUCAAAAUGGAGCAACCUGCAUCGACUGGAUCAAUUACUAUGAGUGUGAUUGUGUACCAGGAUAUGAGGGAGUCCACUGCAGUAUUGAUACCGACGAAUGUGGGUCCUCCCCCUGUCAGAACAAUGGAACAUGCCUGGACGAAGUCAAUGGCUUCACUUGUGUGUGUCCAUCCGGAUGGUUUGGACGCCAUUGCGAGAGUAAUACACAAGAGUGCGCUUCCGAUCCCUGUCAAAACAACGCCACCUGCCAUGAUGUCGUAGACGGCUACGUCUGUGAGUGUGAAGCUGGCUGGGAUGGAGUUCAUUGUGAAGAAAACAUCAACGAGUGUUCUUCAUAUCCCUGUCAAAACAACGCCACCUGUCAUGACUUCGUGAACUACUACACUUGUGAAUGCGACCUAGGAUGGGAGGGUGUUCACUGUGAGAUCAAUACAGAUGAAUGUGCAUCCGACCCAUGUGAGAACAACGCCAUCUGCCAUGACUGGGUGAACUACUACACCUGCGAAUGUGAACCUGGAUGGGACGGUGUACACUGUGAAAUUGAUGUAGACGAAUGUGCAUCCUUUCCCUGCCUGAAUAACGCCACAUGUCAGGACAACAUCAACGGGUACAUGUGCGUGUGUUCAUCUGGAUGGGAAGGAGUCCUGUGUGAAAUAGACACUGACGAGUGCGCUUCUGAUCCGUGCUUGAACAACGGCACCUGCCAUGAUCAUGUCAACCACUACACGUGCGAGUGCGCGUCUGGCUGGGCUGGGGUUCAUUGUGGUGAAGAUAUCGACGAAUGCCAGUCUCGCCCGUGUCUCAGUGGGGCGGCGUGCGUUGAUCAAAUCGAUGGAUACGUUUGCGAGUGCCUCCCAGGAUGGGAGGGAAUACGCUGUGAUACUAAUAUAGACGAGUGCGCAUCGAAUCCAUGUCAGAACAACGCCACCUGCUGGGAUGACGUCGACUCCUACUUCUGUGAAUGUGAACGAGGCUGGGAGGGAGACCACUGUGAAAUAGCUGAUUUUCAGCAGAAAUUUCUCUCAAAAGCCAUGAGAUAUUGUCACAAUUAUGCCACAGCAAUAGAGCGUUUAAGUGACGUUAUCACUCUGCCUGCCUCCAUGUUGGUGUGUCCCUAUUUGCAUAUCGGAACGUAUCGGGGGAUUAUUUGUUUGAGCUUUUAUCUAUUGAUUAGUGUUAUCAGAUUACCAUCUAUUCCGAAAAAAAGACAGUCAAUACUUAAUACCUGUACACUCUACUUCGUUACCUCAAACUUUGUUUCAGACAUACAGGAAUGCCUUUCAAAUCCUUGUCGCAACAGCGCCACCUGCCGUGAUGCGGUCGCAGGUUAUAACUGCAUCUGUUUACCAGGAUACGAGGGGGUGAUAUGUGAAACUGAGACAGAUGAGUGUGAAUCGCAGCCAUGCAGAAAUGCCGGUGUAUGUGUUGACCUCAUAGACGGCUAUGUCUGUGAGUGUGUCCGGGGGUUCGAAGGACUUCAUUGUGAAAAUGAAACCAAUGAGUGUAAUUCCAAUCCCUGCCUAAACAACGCCACCUGCAACGAUCUACUCGAUGCCUACACGUGCGAGUGCGCCCCAGGAUGGGAGGGAACCCACUGCCAAAUCAACACAGACGAGUGCGCGUCACAACCAUGUUACAACGGCGCCACCUGUCAUGACGUCGUGAACGGCUUCACCUGCGAGUGUCUACUCGGGUGGGAGGGGGUGCAAUGUGGAGAAGAUAUCUUAGAAUGCUUGUCUGACCCGUGUGAAAACGGAGCGACCUGCUGGGACGAUGUGAACGGGUACUACUGCGAGUGUCCUCCUGGGUGGAGGGGCGAACACUGUGAGAACAAUACGGACGAAUGUGCGUCCAAUCCCUGUCACCAUGACGGGACCUGUACAGACCUUGUCAAUGGGUAUAAAUGCACCUGUGCUGAAGGAUACACCGGCACCAAUUGUCAAAAUGGUAUUAAUGAGUGCCUGUCCAGCCCAUGCCAACAUCAUGGCACCUGCCUCGAUGGGCACCUAAACUACACCUGUCUCUGUACACCUGGGCACACCGGGUGGAACUGUCAUAUAGAUAUUGAUGAGUGCUCCUCCAGCCCGUGUCGUAACGGUGCCACCUGCAAUGACGUCAUAAACGGGUGGACCUGCACCUGCGCACCUGGCUGGUAUGGAGUGAACUGCAGUGACAACACGGACGAAUGUGCAUCCAAUCCCUGUCCAAACAACGCCACCUGCCAUGACGACAUUGACCGUUACCGGUGCGAAUGUAGACCGGGAUGGGAAGGAACACACUGUGAGAACAACACAAAUGAGUGUAAUUCUGGCCCGUGUCAGAAUAACGCCACCUGCCAUGACUGGGUGAACUACUACACCUGCGAGUGUGCACCUGGUUGGGAAGGUGCCCAUUGUGAAAUCAAUACGGAUGAAUGUGCCUCCAAUCCUUGCCAGAACAACGGAACAUGUCAUGACCUUGUUAAUCGUUACACCUGCGAGUGUGGACCAGGGUGGGAGGGCGUCCAUUGUGAGAUCAACACGGACGAAUGUGCGUCCUCUCCUUGUCAUAACGGAGCCACGUGUCACGACUACAUCAAUCAGUAUUUGUGUGAGUGCAGCCCUGGUUGGGAGGGCGUACACUGCAAGAUAAGUAAUCCGUUGUUAUCUGUUCCUUGUUCCGUGUUUUUAUCUUUAUUCACAGAUACAGAUGAGUGUUAUUCUGGACCCUGUCAGAACAACGCCACCUGCGACGAUCAUGUGAACUACUACACCUGCCAGUGUGGGUCGGGAUGGGACGGGAUUCAUUGUGAGAUAAAUAUAGACGAGUGCGCCUCCAGUCCAUGUCAGAACAACGCUACCUGCCAUGACUGGGUGAACUACUACACCUGUGAAUGUGCACCUGGAUGGUACAGCAUCAACUGCGAUGCUAAUUCUGAAGAGUGUGCCUCGGACCCCUGCCAAAACGGUGCCUCCUGCAUAGAUGCCAUUAAUGCUUACACGUGCCGAUGUCUGCCGGGAUGGGAGGGCGUGCACUGUGAAAUCAAUACGGACGAAUGUGCAUCAGACCCGUGCCAGAAUGGAGCGACCUGCCACGACAGCGUCAACGAGUAUUCAUGCGAGUGUGCACCGGGGUGGGAGGGCAUCCACUGUCAGGACAAUACAAAUGAGUGUGGCUCAGACCCAUGUCAAAACAACGCCACCUGCCAUGACCAUGUAAACUACUACACCUGUGAAUGUGGCCCUGGAUGGGAGGGUACCCACUGUGAAAUCAACACAGACGAGUGUGCCUCUGACCCAUGUCAAAAUAACGCCACCUGUCACGAUUUUGUGAACUACUACACCUGCGAGUGUGGCCCUGGAUGGGAAAGCGCUCAUUGUGAGAUUAAUACCAAUGAAUGCAUCUCUAUUCCCUGUCAAAACAACGCCACCUGUCAUGACUGGGUGAACUACUUCACUUGUGAAUGCGCACCUGGAUGGGAGGGUGUUCUCUGCGAAAUCAACAUUGACGAGUGCAGCUCCGGCCCAUGUCAGAACGGUGCGACCUGUCACGAUCACGUCAACUUCUGGACCUGCAGCUGUGUUCCUGGGUGGUUUGGAGUAGACUGUGCUGAUAAUUCCAAUGAGUGUGAGUCAGACCCCUGUCAGAAUAACGCCACCUGUGUGGACCACGUUAACUCAUACAGCUGUGAGUGUGAACCGGGAUGGAACGGCACCAAUUGUGAAAUAAAUGUGGACGAAUGUGUCUCAAAUCCUUGUCAAAACAACGCAACGUGCCACGACUUUGUCAAUUACUACACCUGUGAGUGCAUUCCGGGUUGGGACGGCAUCCACUGUGAGAUUGACAUCAACGAGUGCAGUUCCAGUCCAUGUCAGAACGGUGCGUCCUGUCACGAUCACAUCAACUACUGGUCUUGCAGCUGUGCGCCUGGCUGGUUUGGACUGGAUUGUUCUGAUAAUUCAAACGAGUGCGAGUCAGACCCCUGCCAGAACAACGCCACCUGUGUGGACCACAUUAAUGCAUACAGCUGUGAAUGUGAACCAGGAUGGAACGGCACUAACUGUGAAAUCGAUGUUGACGAAUGUGCGUCCGGUCCAUGUCAGAACAACGCCACCUGUCACGACUAUGUUAACUUCUACACAUGCGAGUGUGGUCCUGGAUGGGAGGGUGUCCAUUGCGAGAUCAAUACGGACGAGUGCGCUUCUAGCCCGUGCCAAAAUAACGGCACCUGCAGUGACCAUGUCAACAGAUACAGCUGCGCGUGUGCCUUGGGGUACAUUGGAAUCAACUGUGAGAUAGAGGUUAUAGAAUGUUCUUCGGACCCGUGUCAAAAUGGCGGCACGUGCUUGGACAACAUCGGGUUCUACAUCUGUACCUGUCUACCUGGAUACUCUGGAGUGCACUGUGAAAUCAAUAUUGAUGAGUGCGAAUCGAUGCCCUGUGAAAAUGGAGCUACCUGUGUGGACGGUGUGAAUGGGUACAACUGCAGCUGUACAGAGGGCUGGGAGGGCACACACUGUGAAACAAGCAUCGAUGACUGUGCGUCGACUCCAUGUCAGAACAACGCCACGUGCUACGAUGGACAUAUCAACUACACAUGUAACUGUACUGUUGGCUGGGAGGGCUACGACUGUGAUAUAAAUACAGACGAGUGUGCAUCCAAUCCUUGUCAAAACGAUGGGAAAUGUGGGGACCAACACAACGGAUACAUCUGUUCCUGUCCGCUUGGAUGGGCGGGAUUACACUGCGAAAACAACACAGACGAAUGUGCCUCGAACCCGUGCCAGAACAAUGCCACGUGCCAUGAUGGACUAACGUACUUUUAUGAGUGCGAAUGCGCGGCCGGAUGGGAGGGCGUCGACUGUGAGAUCAACACAGACGAGUGUGCAUCGCUUCCUUGUCAAAACGGCGCCACCUGCGAAGACCAUGUGAACUACUACACGUGCCAGUGUGUUCCUGGAUACAGGGGAGUCAACUGUGAAAUAAAACGGGAGUGCGAAGUGAACCACUGUAAGAACGACGGCGAGUGUUUCGCCGUGGAUGACGAUGAGUACUACUGCACAUGCCCGUGGGAUUGGACAGGGACGGACUGCGAAACAUCGUUUCUAGGAUACACUGUGGAGAACGGCUGGUUGCUAGGCGACAGCAUCACCAACAGCAACUGGACGGGUGGAGCCAUAGAUGACAUUCUGGAAGACUGUUUCCAGCCGGACAACUUUCCCUUCCGAACCAACAACCGAUGCAUAUCUGCAAAAGAUGGCGGACAAGCAGUCUCCAACAGGCAGUAUCAUUCCGGUCGGAAGUCCUGGCAGCUUCGGCGUGGGGACCUGUCCCUCGGGAAGGGAACUCCCUUCUCUCCCGGUCUCUCCGUAACAGCAGGCCGCAUGGACGGCGAGUACACCGCCGACUUUGACUCCUUCUACGCUUCCUUCUGGUUCCGUGCCACGAGGAAACGAGGGGACGGUUCUCGCAUUGCCGUGUGCGCGGGGAAUCCAGACGGGACCCUCCGAGCUUCCAACUACCUCGAGAUGUUCGCUACACCAAGCGGAGUGAUAGUGCGAACUGCAGAAACGUAUCCGAACUACACGUACUGUGCCAGAGUGAGAAACUGUGGUUACAGCGCGCAGUUUCACUACGUGCAGAUCACUCCGAUGCUGAAGCUUGACACCUGGCAUCGAGUAGAGAUGACGUUUUUAGCCAAGCCUGCUGAUUAUGCAGAUGAGUGGAGUUACGUCAUCAACAAACUAUUUACCCACAAAGGAGGCUCAUACUUUCAAACAGCUCGCUACGACCAAGGGUGGCCGUACGAGUAUAUAAAUAGACUCAAAUUCCAGCCGAGACAUCCCAAUAGAAACCCCUCAUCCAAGGGGUUUUAUUUUGAUGACGUUUACUACAAAGUGUUCAGUUCGUCAGACGCGAACUUGACUGCUGUGGAAGAAUAUGGGACAUCAUUUGAAAGAGACCCAUUGUAUUAGGGCGUUACGACUAAUUGAUUGAUUUAUUUAUUGAUUGAUUUUAAAAUUUGACUACAUUUUUAUAUGAUGUAACGAUAGUGAAUCCGACAAUGGUGUCAAUAAGACAUACUGCGCUAAGUAAAAACUUUUAGCUGUUGAUAGAAAGAAGUUUAUAGGAAAUGACAGGGUUUUUCUACUCAAGUGCCAAAGUCCACAAUAAACUUCUUGUCAUCUUAACGAAGACUAUUUAUUUACAAAUAGCAUCCAUUUUUGUCUUUGAAAACAUGAUAUUCGAUUGGAAUAGCAGUCCACGAAGUUUGGAUAAAAUAUGUAGUACUACUAGUGUUAUCUAAGCCAAUGCAUGGCUCUUGUUAUCUAUGUCCUUUGUACUGUUUUUAACCGGUUCAUUCAAUGAAAAUCCAUUUAACCACUUAAUACGCCUAGGCCUGUUGAUGCAAGAUCGAUUAGCUGAAAAUGGUGAACACUGGUUUUAAAGGCUUUCAAAUUGAAAACAGGAAGGAAACAGUUGUCAUCAAAAGAGUUCCAUGCUUUGGAAAGAAGUUGUUGCUGUAGAAGGACUUUGAGAGUGAAUUGAACAGUACAACGAUGUCAUCUUCCUACGCAGGGACAUCCAACAGCCAAACCGCCUGUCUGGAUGUACCCUGCUCUUU